UCACUGUAAACAGUAAUAAUAUGCCCGCGCUGUAAAGGUGCACCAUGCAGUAUGAUUUGUAAUGACAAACUGUGGAAGGGCUCCGACCGGCAACCGGUGCGUUGGCCACAUGGUAACAACGUGUUGCGGCCUAGGCCUUAGUAUACUGCGGUCUGCGGCGGUAUACGGAUGACGUGACGAGCCCCGGUUUUUUUUUUUUAUCAAUAUCCGUGUACCUAGUCUGUUGUAGAUGAAAUAUAACAUUACUACAGUGUCGUGUGGCCAAAUCAGUGUUCGCUGACCGUCCGGUUUGGCAGGUCGAAAUCCAAUCGUCGCUGGCCGCAGGAGUGACCAUGACGUCCGUCAAUUGGUACAAACAAACGGCGGCUUGUUUUGUGGCGGCCUUGCCGGUAUUCAUGGCGGGCAUAACGCUGGGAUGGCCGUCGCCGGUCAUGGAAUACAUGAAAGAAGGACGGACGCCGGUGUCUCUGUCAACGUCCGAGAUUUCCUUCGCGGUGGCGUGUACCGACAUCGGCACGUUUGUGGCCGCCGUGCCCGUUGGGCGCAUCAUGGACUGUAUGGGCCGCAAGUUCACCGUGUUCCUGUCGGCGCCCCUCAUGUUCGCCGGAUGGUUAAUCAUACUCUUCGGCAAAACGGCCUGGUGCUUGUACGCGGCCAGGUUGUUGCAAGGAUUCGCCGUGAGCAUUGCGUGGGUAGUGUCGCCGUCGUACAUCGGGGAGAUGGCCAGUGUGCCGAUCCGCGGCACCAUGGGCCUGCUGAUACAGCUCGGGUACGCGACGGGCCUGGUGUUCUCGUACGCCGCCGGAUGGCUGUUGGCCGACUACGACAAACUGGCCUUGGUGUCGGCCACGGUGCCCAUCCUCACCGGCGCGCUGGCCCUGUUCAUUCCCGAAUCGCCGCACUAUUUCAUGUUGACGAACAAGCCCGACGAAGCGGCGCGGGCCUUGUGGCGCCUCAGAAGCUACACGCACCAAGAUCUCGAAACCGAAUUGAUCACCGUCAAAGGAUCCGCAAUGAGCGACAGCCACAAAGGAACUGUCAAAGAUCUGUUAAACAGAGACCGGAGGCCGCUAGUGAUGGUCAUUGCGUUGGCCGUACUGCAAAUGGCCUGCGGUAUUGGUGUGCUGGAAGCGUACGCUGCGUCUUUGUUGUCCAGUACUAGCGUGACGUCUAACGCUUGCGCCGUCAUACUCGGACUGGUCGCUCUGGCGGCCACGCUGCCGUUCGCCAUAGCCGUAGACAGGUGCGGCCGACGGCCAUUGCUGAUCGUCUCCUGCCUGGGCACGGCCGUUUGCCAUGUAUGCACUGCCGUGUGCCUGGCAACCGCCGUGGCCGGCCUACCGUUGCUGGUGGCCGUUUGCUGUGUGACGUUCUUCAUCAACAUAGGCAUAAUGCCCCUGCUGUCCGUCGUCCAGUGCGAGUACUUCCCGUCCGACACCAGAGCACUGGCCGACGCUGCGGUCGUGCUGGUCGUGACGUUCACGUCUACCGUCAUGAUCUUGACCUACCAGCCGAUAGUCGACGCUUUCGGCACGGCCAACGCGUUCGUCGCUUACGCCACGUUUUCGUUGGCCGGCGGAAUAUUCUGCUACGUUUGGCUGCCGGAGACUAAGUGCAAAACGUUUGUCGAGAUACAAGAGGAGUUCCAAAAAAGCUCUCAGCUCAAUAAAAGAUCACCGAAAUUAGAAGACGUUUACGAACAAAUUUGUUCAUAGUGCAUAGAAUAAACACUAUGCAAAGGAUUUAAUAAGACUAACAAAUACUUUUAAGACUUAAGUAGACAGAUUUAUAUAAUAUUAUGUUUGUGUGCUUUAAUUCUAUAACAACAAUAUUAACAAAUUAACACAAAUGUAUAAUAUAAGUACCCAACUCCAUUUGAUAUAUUACAAGUAUUGUCACCUGUCUGGAACUAUUUGUAUAAUACAUUUUUAAAUAUUAUGAUCAAACCAAAUUACAGGGUGAUCAAUAUUACGUAAGACACCAAUUUUCUGGGAAAAUACUUGCAUUUUGUAGUUUUUUUUAUAAUUAUGUUAUUUUUAAAUAUAUUAUGACGUUUCUAAAUAUUUAUAUUUUAUUUUUAAGAGCUUUUUGAAUUUUGAAACUUAAAAUAUGGUAACGUAUAUAUUUAAUUAACUUUUUAAAUAAAGAACAAUGUGCAGAAAAUGUUGCCAGUAAAUUAUUAACAGUUUUACUUUAAAACAAAAUUAGUGUCUUGCGUUUAAUCGAUCACCAUGUAUACCUACAAAAAAGUAAUAGUUAUAUUUAUAGUUGUUGUGAUGUAAUAUGUACAUUGUACCAAGUAGGUACACACUACAUAAUCAUUAAUAUUAGGUAUGUUAUUAUUUAAUUUCAAACUAUCGGAUAAGUCUUUUGUUUUUAGUAUUAAGUAACUUUAAGUAAAGAACUAACUAUACCACUAUUUUUUUUAUUUUUGUUAAUAUUAAAAAAAAAAUCGUUUUGGUAACAUUUUUGUGUAUUAAAUAAAAUGGGUAUAAAAAAUAUGUAUCGCCCUAUAAGUGUAGCUAAUUUUUAAGUAUUCUAACUUACAUGGUAAUUAUAAUGGUUAUAUAUUUACUUAUUGAAGGUUUUUUUUAAAUUUAUGAUCGCCAUUUUUGGUGAUUAAGAAAAAGUACCAAAAAUGUUUAAUGUAUUUAUUUUUUUUAAACUUAAAAUUAUGGCACUCUACAACUUUUUUGAAAAUAGUAGAAUGAGUUCUAAAUUUGUGUGCAAUAUUCUUAUGCUAAAAUACUACUGGUAAACGUUGGCAUCCAUAACAAUUUCGUAAAGCCUUUUCCCUAGAAAGGAUAAACUUUAUUAUGGCCUACACUAUAUUAUAAUAUAUUAUUAUAAACUGUUUAUUUAUAUUUAAAGCCAACAAUUGUAAUAACAAUUUAAUGUAUGAUUUAAAACUGAUGAGAAUGUCCAAAAAUGAAUAACUUUAUUAGUUAAUGAUGUUUAUACAAAUUUGUUAAAUGAAAA